GGUUACAGACCCAAUGAAAAACAUACGAGAUGGAACCUGGAGGCAGUUUGACAAUGUGUGUAACCUGAUGCUCACACUGUCACAGCGAGAGAUGCCUUUAUUGUUAGCUAUGGCUACUGGUUUUGUUUUCUGAACGGUUCAAAGGAACAGCCAAGAGAAGAAGAAGCUUAACUCAGCUGGUUUAAACCCAUGGUAUAUUUGUAAUGUUCACAAACUCAAAAUGGCGCUUUCUGCAACGGACCACAACACCAAUAACUCAUGCAGUGCAUCAGAUGAUUUAUGGGAUAACCUUGCAAGUGACACAACUGAUGAUGAACAAGAAGAACUUCCUUAUGAUGGGAUACACGAAUGCUAUUUAAUUCCUAAUACAGAUUGCAAUGAAGUAAGAAGCUCAGAAGAACACCUUGAUCAGCUUGAAUUAAAUAGAGGGAUCUAUAUUGAAACGGACUCUAAAAGUGAUAAAAACGAAGCCUCCUGUGAAAUAGAAGAGAUCGAUGUUUUUAGUUUUUCUGAGAAAGUGUCUAAAUGCUCAAGUGAAUAUGAAGAAGAAACGUUACAAUCUUUCAAUCAUGAAGGACAAUCUAAGGUUCUUACCACCAUAAUUCCAGAUGUGCUUCUACGCCAUUUUAAUGAUGACAAUCUCCUAAGUCAAUGUCAAUUUAUUGACCAUGAAACUAUCCCAGAAAUAUCCAUUGCAGAGAGCAGUGAUGAAAUAUUAAUCAGCAAAAUGAGCUGCACAAAACAGAGCCAGGAUGGUUCAGAACCUGAACAAGAAGAUGAUUUAGGAAAGCUUGUGCUGGUCACUGAUGGAAAUGAUAACCAGGAAUCUAAUUUGAAUAGUGAUAGAAAUUCAGAUGUGGACAAUGCUCUGUCUUUGGUGAAUUGUGAAAAGGAAAACCCCAAACUUAUAGAAGAAUGUACAGGGCAAGAAGAUCCUCUCCAUGACUGUUUUGAUAAAGAAAAUCCAUACCAUAUAUAUGGCAUUCAAAGGAGGUUGUCUUCAAAUGAUAUAAAGUAUGGCCAAGGACAAGUUCAUUAUAAGCUUCCUGAUUUUUCAAAAGUUCCACCUAAAGUCAAGAUACCCAAAGGCAAUGGUAAUAUUAAGCCUAUGCCCAUAAUGAAGAGAGCCAGAUCUUCUCCUAAUCUGACUGGUCCAUCAGUCCUUAUUAAAGAUAUAUUGGAUUCCAUGCAACCUUUGGUUGAACCUGAACCAAGCCAUACUUCUGAACUUCUGCAUGUGCAGGUACAAGAGGUACAAACAGAAGUGCUCCCUCAUGGACAUCAGGCAGAGUCGGACGUGUAUGAAACCAGUUCAGUAUUUUCUGAAGAGCUUGAAGUAUCUAAGAAUAUUGCCAGCCCAAAAGGCCCAACAGAGGGAGAAAAGAUGUCUGAAGUGUUAAAGGAACAAGCCCUGCAGCUGAAAGCUAAAAUAUUUCAGAAUUUAAAACUGUGCUUGGAAAGCUUAGAACUGAAUUACUUGUCCACAAAAGAGCAGCAUCGUGAUUUGCAGCUUCAGAUGUACAGGACGGGGUCACGGUCAGCGGGGGAGUUUGAUUUAGACAGACAAGUGGAAGGGCAGAUCUUCAGGCUGGGAAUGCUAUUAGAAGACAUCCAGGAAGAAAUAAAUAAAAAUACAGAGAGCCUGUUUCCAUCCAGAUCAUCUCCAACCAGCCCAACUGCUACAAACAUUUCUCAUCAAACUGCGACAGAAGAUGCCUAUUCCUUGCUGGACGUUCAGAAGAAGGUUGGUGCCUGCCUACAAAAAGAAACCAAUAACUUACGGUCCUGCAUGGGGUCACUAAACAGAACGACAGAUCCAGAGAGACAACUAUGUGAGCAAGAUACAGCAGACGUGGCAAAAACUGCUGAAUACUACAAUCUGGUCAAAACAUCUACGCCUUCCCAUUUCUAUCCUGGGGCUCAUCACAGGAUCAGACGCUCUGAAGUGUCAACGCAAACCAUGGAUCUAGAAUUAAAAGAUCAACACACUUUAUUGACGUACCAAACAUUUGAGUCAGAGAAGAAAGAACUUUCAAAUAACACAAGACUGUCUAUAUUUAUUCAAGAGAAUUCACUGAACCUGGAUUUCCCUGACUGUAAGAUGUGAUAUGUGUCCUUAUUACACCUAGAGCCAUUUCUCCUCAUCUACGGCAAUCCACAUUCAG